AUUGACAGGCGGGGGCUCCGCCCUCCGUGCGAGCGGGCCCGGGGCACCCGUGACCCCAACGGGGGACGUGGGACCCCGAUGGGGGGAUAUGUGACACCUCUGGGGGGAUAUGUGACCCCCCCCCGGGGCGUCCGUGACCCCAACGGGGACCCCAACAGGGGGAUAUGUGGCCAACCAGGGGAUAUGUGACCCCAACAAGGGGAUAUGUGAACACCCCCGGGUAUAUGUGACCCCCACGGGGGCAUCCGUGGCCCCUCCGGAGAUAUGUAACAUCACACAGGGGUAUCUAUGACCCCAAUGGGGUAUCUGUGACACCCCCUCCCCCAGUAUAUGUGACACCCCCGGGGGAAACUGUGACCCCCUGGGGGUCUCCAUGACCCCCCCCCCCGGGCAUAUGUUACACCCCUGGGGGUAUCUGUGACCCCAGAGGGGUAUCUGUGACCCCCACACGUAUUUGUGACUCAAGGGGAAUCUGUGAGCCCCAUGGGGUACCUGUGACCCCUACGGGGCAUGUGUGAUCCCUAUGGGGUAUCUGUGAUCCCCACGGGGCAUCUGCCCCUCCCCCCAGGGCAUGUGUUACCCAUGGAUGGGGGUAUCUGUGCCCCCCUUGGGGUAUCUCUGACUAAUAGUGGGUAUGUGACCCCCACGGUUGGGGGUGACCCCAGUGGGGGCAUAUUUGUGAUCCUCAUGGGGUAUCUGCUUCUCUGGGGACAACUGUCACGCGUGGGUGGGAUCCGUGACCCCCACGGGGUACCUGAGACCCACGCGGGAGUAUCUGCACCCCUACCCAGGGCAUCUGGGACCCCAGGGGCAUGUCUGGCCUCCCCAUCAGUAUGAACCUGGAGGUAUCUGCCCCUUCUGGGGUAUCUGCCGCCCCCCAGGGCAUGUCUGACACUAGAGGGUUUCUGUCCCCUCCGAGCCACGGAUGACUGACCCCCCCAGGGUAUCUACCCGCCCACAUCCCCAAGGGCCAUCGGGAGUAUCUAUGGUGUCAGUGAGGGGUACCUGCCCCCACCCUGUGGUCAUCUGUGACCCCACAGGAGUACCUGUCGUGUCCCCCCCCCCACGCCGGGGACUAUCUCUUACCCCCCAGGGCAGUCACGGGGACCGUGCGGUGCCAGGGACUACGUCCUGCCCCUCGAGCUGGUGUCAGGUAUGAAGCCGCCUCCCACAGGAGGGACGGAAAAACAGCCACGGGUAGAUUUUGGCUGGCGCUGGCCCCAGCCUGGCGCCAGCAGGAAAAAUCCUGGCUCCAUGCAGGGCUGGGGGGGCCGGGAUGGGCGCGAGGGUCAGCCCAGGACACAGCGGGGUGUCGGGGUGCGGUGCCCCGUCUCCUCCGCGCCCACAGCGCUGCCGAACCUGCUGUGUCCCCACGUCCCGUGACCAGUGGCCAAGGGUUGUGCCGCACCACGACCUUUGAGAUGAGCUGCGCUCACCCCCUGGCACCUGAAGCCCAGCACCCCCUCAGAGAAGAGCCCCGGCCCCCGGUGCCCCCCAGCAGAGCGAUGGCGGUGACGUUGGCGCUGCUGGUGCUGGUGGCUUGGCCAGCUGCCACCGCCGGGACGGUGACACGGGACUCGCUGCUUAACAUCUGCAUGAGCGCCAAGCACCACAAAGAGAAGCCUGGCCCUGAGGGGCAGCUCUACGGGCAGUGUGUCCUCUGGAAGGACAACGCCUGCUGCACUGCCAACACCAGUCAGGAAGCCCACGAGGACCAGUCCUACCUGUACAACUUCAACUGGGACCACUGCGGGGCCAUGCCGCAGAAGUGCAAGCGCCACUUCAUCCAGGACACGUGUCUGUACGAGUGUUCCCCCAACCUGGGGCCAUGGAUCGACCAGGCAGACAACACCUGGCGGAAGGAGCGGAUCCGGGACGUGCCGCUGUGCCAGGAGGACUGUGAGCAGUGGUGGGAGGAUUGCCAGGAUGCUGUCACCUGCAAGGUCAACUGGCACAAGGGCUGGAACUGGACCUCAGGCACCAACCAGUGUCCCCAGGGCGCCAUGUGCCAGAAGUUCAAGUUCGUGUUCCCCACGGCGGCUGCGCUCUGCGAGCAGAUCUGGUCCGGCUCCUACCGCUACACGUCCCACCACCGUGGCAGUGGCCGCUGCAUCCAGAUGUGGUUUGACCCAGCACAGGAGAACCCCAACGUUGCUGUCGCCCAGUAUUACGCCCGUGGCGAUGCCCCCCCAAACCUCCCACUCCCUGUCCUGCUGGCCCUGCUGCCCCCCGCACUCCUGGCCCUGCUCUGAGCAGGAGAGGCUGCAGGCAGGAGCGGGCAGUGGGUGGUCAGGGGGGUCGCCAAGCUGUCCUGUGCCCCCCAGGGGAUGUCCCCAAGCUGUGUCCCCCACAGGCAUGUGGAUGGUGAAUAAAUACUCCUGCCCUG